GAAAAUGGGCGCUAGGCCCAUUUUCAGACUUGACCCGGAAUCAAAGCAACAAAAUGGCAAUGGCAAGUUCCUUUGCCAACGUAGCCUCUCCUCUGUCUCUCUCUCCGAUACAUAAUUUUCUGAUUUGCAAGUUUACGAGCUUUCCGUUCUUACAGUCUAACAAAGACUACCUAUGAAGAAAUACCUCCUUAAACCUCGCCAGAACCCUCAGUCAAAAUCCCCACAACCAUUGCCACCACUUUCUCCACUCUUGGACUCACCCCAAACACCAACACCUUCCCUUUCUCUCUUCCCCACAAUUCCUCAGCCCCAUCACCAGAACCAGCUCUUUUCCUUCCUCAAAACUUACCUGACCCACCAACCCUUAACCCCAAAAACCCUUCUUCACUUCCUCAAGAUAAAGCUCCACCAUCACCCAGUUUUCACCCACUAUGACUUUCAAGUUUUCUCUUGGGCUUCCACCAUUGACUCUUUCCACCACGACCACUCAACUUUCCUAUGGAUGGCUCACUCCUUAGCUUCCUCUCAUCGUUUCUCGCAGCUUCGUUCUCUUCUUAGUUUUAUAGCUGCCAAUCCUUGCCCUUGUUCACCAGGUAUCUUCUCUUGUCCUCAAAUGGAACCCCUUUUUCGUUUCGUUAUCGAUUCUUUUUGUAGAGCUAGGAAGUUGAAUGAUGCUGUUUUUGCUUUCGAAACCAUGAAGAAAUUGAUUGAUGGAAGGCCUAGUGUUGUUACUUAUAAUGUUUUGAUUAACGGGUAUUUGAAAAAUGGGGAGUUUGAUAAGGCUUUGGGGUUUUAUGAGAGGAUGGAAAGGGAUAGAGUGAAGCCAGAUGUGUAUACAUUUAAUACCUUGAUCAGUGGUUAUUGUAGGAAUGGAAAGUUUGAGUCAGGAUUGGAGUUGUUUAGGGAAAUGAAGGAGAAAGGUUGUAGUCCUAAUGUGGUUAGUUUUAAUACUUUGAUUAGAGGGUUUUUUAGGGAAAGGAAGGUUGAUGAAGCAGUUAAGAUGGCAUAUGAGAUGAUUCAGUUGGGAUGUGAGUUUUCAAGUGUGACUUGUGAGAUUUUGGUCAAUGGUUUGUGUAAGGAGGGGAGGCUUUUGGAGGCGUGUGACUUGGUCAUUGAUUUUGCAAGGAGGAUGCUUUUGCCAAAGGCGUUUGAUUAUUGUGAUUUAAUGGAGGAGCUUUGCGGUAAAGGAAAUGCAGGUAGAGCAUUUGAGGUGGUUAAUGAGUUAUGGAUUAAAGGAAAUGUACCGAGUUUGAUUGCUUGUACCACUUUGAUUGAAGGUUUGAGGAGGUCGGGGAGAAGAGAAGAUGUAUUUUGGUUGAUGGAUAAGAUGCUUAAAGAUGGUAUUGUUCCGGAUAUUGUGACUUUUAAUUGUCUUAUGCAAGAUCUUUGUGAUUUGGGUAGAACGAUGGAUGCAAAUAAAUUUAGAUUAGCGGCUUCAUCAAAGGGUUUAGAACCAGAUGAGGUGACUUAUGACAUUUUGAUAUAUGGAUAUACAAGAGAGGGCAGAAGGAAGGAGGGAGAAAUUUUGGUAGAUGAGAUGUUGGAUAAAGGAUUUAUACCUGACAUUGCCAGGUAUAAUAGGUUGAUGGAUGGGCUCUCCAAUUCUAAAAGUUUGACAUUGAAGAAAGUUAGUGCUUGUCGUAGGUCAGCAUGAGUUGUGAUUGUUGAUAUCAUUGCCAAAGUUUAUCUUGGUUUGUUUAGAUUUCUUGCUGAACAGCAAGUAAGAGUUUUUUUUUUUUAAGUUUUAUGACAUUUUGUUAAUUUCCUGCCCAUGUUAUAAGUUGAUUUCGAGAAGGGACAGUAGUUAAGGAAGAAUGAAAGUGUGAUGGUCGAAAUGGAAAGAUAUUGCAAGCAAUGCACUGUCAAAUCCUCUUAGGUCACUAAAUGAAGUCAGUUGAUCAAGGCAAUCUUCUGCUCUCUGAUCAGCCUGAGGAUGGCCACCUAGCAAAUGCACUUAGAAUUGCAUCUUCCACAAUGUAGAGAAAUGCAAAGGGGAAUUUGACAGUAAAUCCACUUCAGAGAGAAUAAAAUGGUUAGUAUGUGAUGAAUUGCCAAAUGCUCUUUGGUUGCUAAGUGAAAUUGGUUGAUCAGAGCAAUCUUCCACUCUGUGAUUGGCCUGAAGAUGGCUACCUAUCAAAGGCAUUUAGAUGGACUUGGAUCCUUCCUCAGUGUAUAAUAAUUCAAGGAUUGUUUUAAAAAUAAAUCUUCUUGAGAGAGCGCAAAAUGGUAUAUUAUAUGAUGUUAUAGUUUUAUAUGGUCUUUGGAAAUCCAUUUUUUUUUUCUGCAUAUGAUUCUCUUAACUGUAUUUAUUUGUUAAGCAAUGGCCUGAAUGACAGGGCAGCAGACUUCUUGCUGAAAAUUGGGUAUACAUUGGAUUUUAGGAUGUUUAAAAAUAAACAAUGGGUUCACCUACAGAAUAAUGGUACACAUGCACCUUCCUGACUUCUUCCACUUUAAACUGUGAAGUAGCCGUUCAAAAAAAACAAACUGUGAAGUGAAAAUCAAGCCAGAGUUAGAUGCUGCUUUGUACCAGUUUAUAAGUUAUAGCAUGAUGCUAAAGUCACUCGCAAAUUUCAACUUGAUACAUUACUAACUGUAACAUUUAUUAUUGUACACUUUUGCAACACGGCAAAUAGAAGUACCCCUUUUGCCUGUCUCUCUUUUUUCAUUUCCUUUUGCUAUAGGUCCUCCUUUGUAAUUUCUGUAUGUUAUGCUUACACAGAGUAAUAAACCUAAUGAAAAUUCACUUAGAUUAUUUUACUUUUUGAAUUACAAAUCUUUACUUUACCUCUCAAUCCAUCUCAGGUGAUGUCAGAAAAUAUGAAAUCCUUAGCUGCAAUGAGUUCUUAAGCUCUUAAUGCUACUAAGUAGCAACUCUUAAGGCUCCUCCUAGGCCUAUGAGUUAAUAACAUAUUCUCUAGAAAUUAAAAUGUAGAACUGGUGCUGAUUUCACAAAAGUGGUAUGCUCGCAGUUACUAAAUCCAAACUGUGUUUUGAACCACAAACCACAGUUUCGCCUGUUUCUUCUUACUUUAUGAAAACAAGAAAUAAGUAAAUAUCAUAACAAAUUAUUUAUACUACCUUUGAAAAUGAUAUGGCUAUUAUGCAAUCAAAGUGCAUUGUUUUAAUCUUCCCAAUGACCAAAAUCUCUUUGCUUUUGACAACAUGAAUUUUCAUGAAAUUCAAUAUCCAAGAAAAGAUCCCCAAAAAAAAUUACAACUUCUAAGAAAGUAUUUUGAACUUAAAAUUACAAAGAGUGAAAUGACUGACAUAAAAGUCCAAGUGACAACUGAUUUUAUCAAUAGAUUCUCUCUCUGGAAACUGUAGAGUUUCUCUCAAAGGCGAAAAUGGCCUCUUUAUCCUUACGUAAAACUUGGAAACCAUCAUUAUUCUCGCUCCAUAAUCACUCCAAGAUCAUCAAUAUUGUUACCCUGGAACCAAACACCACCAUUUCCAGCUGUGAGGGCAUUGCCAGGCCGUGCCAAGGAGGGCGAUCAACCACCAUCUGAUGUUAGGAAGUGAGUAAUCCAAGCCGUGGAUGAUAGCAGCAGGAAGGUCACUGUUGGUGACGUGGCAAGCAACGCUGAUGUCAAGCUUAGUGGUGCUCAAAAAGCUUUGCAUGCUCUUGCUGCUGACACUAAUGGCUUCUUGGAGGCACUACCUUUGAAGCUUAUUCAAUGUUAAUUGAUCUGCAUUGCUUUUUUUUUUUUAGUUUUUUAUUUAUUUAUUUCUUUUUAAAGCUGGUUUGAUCCUGGAAGGUGGUGUACUUUAUGUGUUUCCCUAGGAUUUUAGGUCCAAGUUCGAGGCCAAGUCAUGUAGGAUAAAAUUUGAAGCUCUGCAUGAAAAAGCUAAGGUAUUUCGAUUUUUCUUUUUAAAGAAAUGAAUAAUUUGUUUUCUUAUUGUCAUCCCUAAGUUUGUUGAAUCUUAAUUGCCUUUGUUGACAGUCUGUAUGUGUGAACUUCGUGAAGAUUUCUUUUGGAACAUCACUAAUUUGUUCAUUUGUGCUUGUUUAUGUCACAAUCAUUUUGAUUGUUAUAAUGAGUCAAAGGUAUCUGUUCACCUUGGUGCUUGACAUCCUUGCAAAAGUCCUGGUUCCAUACUUUCUUCAAUCAAUAGAUUGUUACUAAUAUUUUUUAAGCAUAUAUAGUUGACUUUGGGAAAUUCGGUGACAACUAUAUUUAUGUUGAAAUUGGUAAAGAUAAUAAUUCGAGUUCUGGUCCUUCUGGAGGUUCUAACAUCCAUAUUGACGUGGUGGAAAGCUAUCAUUCUUCGUGUGGGCAGUUCAAGAGGUUUGGGAUUCCCUUUCUGAUUUAAUCUGUCUGAUUGAGUUGCUAAUAGAUUUAUAUUAUUGGUGGUCAGAUAUUGGAUUGUAUUUUGAGUUGGCAAAAUUUAAUAUGUAAAAUCUAGCCUUUUUAAGUGAAGUGGGGAAUAAUUAGGGGAUGUUCAAAUUAGUUGAAACUGUUUAGUGUCAUUGCUAUUUGAAAAGAUAGAAGUUACAGACGAAUCAGAUCAGAGACCCCUCAUGAAUCUAGGUAAUUGAAAUGUGAACUUCUUGUUCUGUUGGUCAGUUGCAUUGAGAAAAAAUAUCAAUUUGUGCAGAUUUAAUGAAGGUGAAUAGUCAAAUAGGAAUAUGGUUCAAGAAGAGGUAUGAUAGUGUCUUUCUUUCCAUUAAUUAUCCAAUCUAAAAGCAAGUUAUUGUACUUCUUGAUACAAUACCUCAUGUAAGCUCAUAUUGGGAGUUUGCUAAGCCCUUGAUCACUAACUUUGGUAUUAUAAAACUGUUUCUGUAUAUAUACAUUUUAUCUUCCUAUGUCAAGUACAUAGUAGGCAUAUCAUCUCUUUUCAUUUACUUAUGCUAUGCAGUCUUUAAAAUUGAUUCUUGUUCUUCUUCUUUCGGUAACCUGCUUGCUAUUUUACAGAUAGAAAGUUUGAAACUGAAAAAAGAGAUGAGGUAACCUUUAUUUAUUUUAUUUGCAUAUAUAUCUGAGAUUUGGGGGUCCAUAUUAUUGAAGAUGGUGUAGAGCGGGGAUCGAAUGAACUUCCUUGAAUAAGUAUGUUAAAUACUACCAAACUGAAUCCUACUGGAGCUUUUUUUGUUUAUUUCCUACACAUCAAAGAAAAACAAAAUCAAACUCACAGAGAUCUGGCAGGUUUUCUCAUUUGUAUUUGGGGAUGGUGAUCCAAAUCAUGGAGUGAAGAAGAGAGGUGGAAGUUGGUAAAUUUGGAGCUCUAAAUUCACCCACUAAUUCAGCGUUUUCCUCAAAUUAUUGGUUGAACUACCAACUUAUCUUGCUGCUGGUAGGCUUGGUGAUGAUUUGAUAACUUCAAUAAAUAUUUUUAAACUCUAAAAAAUUGACACAUGAAUUAAAGCUUAUAAAUCAGCUUUAAAAAUGACUUCAUAAGAGUUGAAUAUGUGUGAGAAUAUGAUGAUUUUCAGUAAUUCUUAUCUGCAAAUUGUAUCAAUAACUUCAAAUGGUGGAGUUGUUACUGCUGAAGAACUUUGCCCAUAUCUGGGUUUUGAAACUUCAGAAAAAACCUUGGAAUGUUUCUAUUGCUGCAUCUUGCAAAUCAUCAGAUACCAGGUAUUGUUUGUUUUCUUGCUCUUGAAUUUGAGAUGUGUGCUUAUGCUCAAAUUCCAGCUGAUUUACUUUAUACUCAAGCCCCCAGCCCUGUUUAGGGAAAAAAGGAAGUCGAAAGAAAAUAAAUGAAAAAAUUGGCACACAUGCCUACUCAUUAACAUGGGUUAUUAACAUAUUUUCUUUUUGGUUUUGAAUGAUGAAUCAUGCAUCCUACGUGUUCUUCUGUGGUUCAGUAGUCAUCUAGCGAUUGAUAAAGAGGUAUGCAAAUAACAUAGUCAGAGUCUUCAGGAGUAACCUUUUUAUCACCACUAACUGGCACACAGCCACUCAGACAUCUUAUUUAUGGAUAUUCAUUUUAACUGAUUAUUUGUGCAGGAUAAUAUUUUGUAUCAAUUUCCAACAUUACAGCAUACAACUUCUAUGGAGGGGAGAAGAUGUUCUGAUCGUGGUGGACAAGUUGACAUGAAGUUUCCAGGAGGGAAGAAAUGGGAAUUAAGGAACACUGCAGUUGUGUCAAAUGAAUAUUAAAUUUUUGGCUCCAUUAUAUCCUUUACUUCAGGAGAAAUGAUGGGAUAGAAAAGAGAAAUGGAGUCAGGGAACAGCAUGCUUGAAUUGCCUGGUCCUUCACUAAAACAGAAGCCUAGGAGUGCAAGGCAACAUGGCCUAAAGAACAGUUAUAGGACAGGAUUGUAUUGUCCACACCAGUGAUAGAGACCUACUGGGCCAAAAUUAUGAAGCUCAAAUUGGAAUAGCAGAUUUCUGGAGAUUGGGAAGUCAGAUUGAUUGGCUAUAAGGAUUUGGUUUCUUCUUCUUCUUCUGCAAUAUGGGCUCUCUACUAAAACCCAGAUGAAUCAAUUCACACGAACAUCAACAAAAAAAAAAAGUUUCAUUAGCUCUAACAUCUAAGGACUUUGGAUUAUGAUCUUACUUGCUUCUUUCUAAUUGGCAAGCUAGUGAUCUUCCUAGCUUACUUGCAAUGUUAGUCCCUCUCAUGGCCACCGUUAGCCAUGCUGAAGAUUUGGCAAGGUGGCAACAGUUCUCUGCAUUUCAAGAAACUUGUUCCCAAACAGAUGCAACUUUCAUCAGCUCUGGACAUGGGUGAUAAGAGUUUCUUGUAUGCUCAUUCUCUUCUUUUCCCAUGAUUACAGGUGAACGGGGGGGAAGACACUGACAUCAGAGCUCCAUCUCACAUCGUCAGACACUUUUUUUGUUUAAUCAUUUUGGUUUUCUGGUAAAAUUUGUAAAGCUUUUAUUUUAUGUAGUAAAUGAACUUUGUAUAACUUGUUUAGAGGUAAAUGUAAAUUUAGUUUAUGUAACCAAAAAGAAAAAUGUAAAUUCAUUUGUUUUUGAAA